UAUAAACAGACAUCAUACCCGCAAUUAGGCACUUGUGUCUCUCAGGAAAAAUAUUUAAUGAAAUUAUAAAGUUCUGACUGUUUAAUAGAUCAUUUAAAAAUCAUAUUUGCAAUGUUGUUUUGAGCAAGCUAACCCUUUCGUGUUACCAUUGGAAACAUUAUUUAACCUGCAGUUACAGUAUGGCAAUUGAAAACUUUUCCAAAGCGCUUGAGUUCCUUCAGGAAUAGAGAGAGGUUAAGCUAGAAGAAACAGGAGCAUGGCAGGAGAAUUUAUCUCCCAAGAAUCUACAGAACAAUGGAGUGUACCUGCUGAAACUUUAAAUAGGAAAUCAGCAUACUGGAAUGUAUGGCAAACUUCUAGUUGUUUUUGAACCCAGGAAAUGUAUAGGACAGUUCUUCCCAGCAACACCUUUGGACCUGGUUUGUAUCAAUCUGAGGGUCAGGAUCAGUUCUCUCAACUAGGCUCAGGUGUAGUGACUCGUGUUACUCAGACAUCUGUGACAUUGGCUUUCGAUGGCACACAAGAUGGUAUAAACUUGGAAAGAGAUGGACUCUACAAUAUUAUGAAGUUGGCAAAUGAUGUGACCUACAGGCGACUGACAAAUGCCUUAAACUCUUUAAAUGGAUACAGCAGUGGUCCCACAACUCACCUGAUCAGUGUCCUCUUUGGUUACUCAGAACCAGGGACAUUAUCAUUUCAACAUGUAUUGCAAUUUAGCAACAUGGAUAAUUCUCAGAAGGAGGCUGUGUCCUUUGCAAUUUCUCAGAAAGAUGUUGCAAUCAUACACGGACCACCAGGCACUGGUAAAACCACAACAGUGGUUGAAGUAAUCCUGCAGGCAGUAAAGCAAGGUCAAAAGGUCCUUUGCUGUGCUCACUCCAAUGAGGCUGUUGAUAACUUGGUGGAGCGUCUGGUGAAGAGCAAGUUCAAGGUUUUAAGAUUGGGUCAUCCAGCCAGUCUGCUUGAUUCAAAUCAGAAACACUUACUGGAUGCUGCACUUGCACACAGUGUCAACCCCAUCAUUAUUUCUGAUAUUCGCAAGGACAUGGACAAAGCUUUUAAAGCCUGUGACAAAGGCCAACGGAGCAACCUAAGACUGGAAAUCAGGGAACUGCGGCGAGAACUGAGAGAUCUGGUUGGUGUUGCUGAUGUGGAGGAGACUAGAAUUCCUCUUCUGCUCAUUGACACUGCAGGGUGUGGCCUUAAUGAAAUGGAGGACACAGAUGAGCAGUCUAAAGGCAAUCAAGAAGUAGAUAUCGUGGCUCUUCAUAUAAAAGCUCUGACUGACGCUGGAGUUCAAGUCAAAGGCUUGAACUCCAUUAUUGCACCCUAUAACCUCCAGUCCAUAUCUUGUCAUUUCCACAUUAUAUCCAGUUGCCAUAACGACAUGAUGGAAACACUCCCUAUGUCCACUUCGAAAGCUUCCUGGAAGAAGGUUCUGGAUCUUUUGCCCCCAGAUGAGUCACUGUGA